AUGCUACAUGAUCGUGGGUUCACGUUGAACCACCAAAAGGUGGCGCUGGAGCUUGUCUUCAGCGGCACUGUGGGUGGCUAUACGGAGCUCUCCAUUACGCCCACGCACGCUGGCCUGCGUCACAUUUAUUUGCAUGCACGAUGCAUGGAAGUACUGCGUGUCCAGUGCCAGGGACACGAUGCUGCUUUUACACACACUGACUCAUUGCAAUCGCUCGCAUGGUCUGACUUGCACAAGCACGGCCAAGCGAAGCGUGAGCUGUACUCGGCGCUCAGUCAAGGCGCGGAUGGCGAGCUGCGUAUAUCCUUGCCAGACAGUGUCCGUCCCGAGCCUCUCUCCUCGCAAGCGGAAGCGAGUGGUGCUAGCGCCGAAGAUGACUUCGCACCGAUCACCAUCCAUAUUGACUACGUGCUACGAGAUGCGCAGGAAGCGCUGCACAUUGUGCAUCCUACGCCUGAAGCGCCGUACCGUGUACCGCAUAUGUAUACCCGACCCACGGGAUCGAAUAGCGCUCGGUGCUGGGUGCCCUGCGUCGACUCGCUCUGGGAUCGGUGUACGUGGGAACUGGAGUUUGUUACGCCACGUCAACUCUCAUCCAGUGAGGAGCCUGACAUUUAUGUGAUUGCCAGUGGCGAGCUGACAGAGCAUGCUAUUCAUCCACACGAUCCAGCAAAGUCGAUCUUUUACUAUACGCAGCCGGUAGCCACGACCGUGCAGCAUAUGGCGUUCUGCGCAGGUCCUUUUGUUCUGGCGCGGCUCUCGCCCAAGGGGUCGGAAGGGUGUGAAGCGCUAGCGUUCUGUUUGCCAGAGCACGAGCAUGAGCUGCGUACGACGACCAGCUUUACGUGGCAGGCGAUUGAGUUUAUUAGUAGCGAGUACGGUUCGUACCCGUUUGGCUCGUUCAAGAUGGUGUUUGUCGACGGCGCCAUGGUCGACUGCCACACGGCGUGUACCCUUGCCAUUUGCUCGAGCGAUCUGCUUCACCCGCCUUCUGUCAUUGAUCAGGCGUUUGAGAAUCGGCAUCUCCUGGCGCAUGCUGUCGCGUUCCAAUGGGUCGGCAUCAAUAUUGUGCAAAAGACGUGGGCUGAUACAUGGCUGAUUCACGGCUUGAGUCAGCACCUGGCGGCCAUGUUCCUACGUCGGCUGCUGGGCAACAAUGACUACCGAUUCCGUAUGAAGAAAGACUGUGAUCGGCUGUGUUUAUGGGAUAUCGGCAUGCCGCCGCUGUACCAAGUGGGACGCGACGAGCCGUUGGAUCCUCAGCUGCUGUCGUUUGUGAACUUGAAAGCGCCUCUCGUUCUCUACCUACUUGAUCGACGGCUGUGUAAGAUGGGCGCAUCGCUGGGCCUGGGCCGUGUGAUUCCCAAGCUAUUUUUGCAGGCGAUCACCGGGGAGAUGACGCACAAUGCGCUGGGUACGCACAGCUUCCUGCGCACAUGCAAAAAGGUCAGCGGUGCGGAUUUGCGGCUGUUUGUCGACCAGUGGAUCAACGGCAGUGGCUGUCCGCGGUUCGUGUGCACAGCCACGUUCAACCGCAAGAAGCUGCUGAUUGAGAUGCAUGUGCGGCAAGAGUCGCCGGCAGCGAUGUAUGCGCAAGCGCACCCGGAAGAAGCGCUGGCGUCGAACCCUGUGACGCUCUGGGAAGGCCAGAUGACGGUACGGAUUCACGAAGCGGAUGGCACGCCGUACGAGCACGUGCUGGAUAUCAAGAAUGAGCACCAGCGGUACGAUGUGCCUUUCAAUACCAAAUACAAACGUGUUCGUCGAAACACAAAGCGUUUUCAGGCGCGCCAAGCCGCGGCGGCGGCGGCAGCGGCCGGCGACGAGGAUGCGGCCGAAGCCAUCGGCAUGAUCGAUCUUGGGUUUGGGCUGGGCAUGUGGGAAGACGAGGCGGAGCGUGAGCGCUGGAAAGUCGCAGAUUGGACGGAGGAAGAUGAGGCGAUUAUGGCCUCCGCGCCGUACGAAUGGAUCCGACUGGAUGCGGACUUUGAGUGGAUGGCACAGAUCCAGUUUGAGCAGCCGGAUUACAUGUGGGUGUCGCAGCUGCAGCGUGACCGAGAUGUAGUGGCACAACUCACGGCCGUGCAUGCACUAAGUCAGAUGCCGAGCUUGAUCACGAGCAGUAUGCUGACGCGCACAGUGCUGGUCACCAAGUAUUUUUACCGGAUUCGUGCGGAGGCGGCGUAUGGCCUUGCGAACUGUGCGCUGCCGCAUUUGGAUCUGCUAGGUCUGUUCCAUCUGCUGAUGCUAUUCCGUACGAGUUACUGCCUGGACAUGCCGUCGGACAGCGACUCGACCGCGCUGGAGGCGCCAUGCAUCCCGAAACCCAACGACUUUAGCGACAUGGCCGACUACUUUGUCCGUCGCGCGCUCAUUCAUGCGAUUGCACGCAUUCGUGAUCACCGCGGGCGUGCCUUGCCGAUUGUGCAGCGGUUCCUGAUCAACUUGCUGCGGUACAACGACAACUCGACCAACCGCUUUGUCGACGAUUACUACCUGGCCAGCAUCAUCAAUGCGCUUGCCAGCACGCUUAUGCCGGUGGACAGUGCGGGGUACUCCAUGCAGGCGGACGAGGUGUACACGGACGAGGAACUCUCGCUGCGCACGAUGGCCAUGCAGGAGGUCGAGCGACUGCAAGUGUUGGAUCGCCUUGUGCCCUCGUUCCACAAUGUCAUUACGUUAGCGGCGAUGGACUUUUCGCUCUCGCUCGUCCUGGCCAACCUUCGUCCGUUGGAUUUGAGUACACUGCUGGAGUACACGCGUGAAGGCAACUUUACCCCGGUCCGUCUCGCGGCGUUCAAUGCGCUGCUGCUGCUCCGUGGCUUGCAGCACAAGGUGCUCAAUCGGUACUACUUGGCCGUGCUGGCUACGGACGAAGAUGCCGUCGUGCGAGCGCACUUGGCUCGCAGCUUGUGCGAUGCGCUGGGCGUCGCCUUGUCCACAGGGGAACUGGGCUACGCGCGUACGCGGCAUGAGCGGUUGCAAGAGGGCGAUGCGCGUGAGCAAGUCGCCGAGCAGGAGGCAUGGCUCGCGGAAGAAGCCGAGCAGAACGAAGAGAUGCUCAAGUUGCUUCGUCGUGAGAUUGGCCGUACGCCAGCGAUUCGCGAUGGGUUCCUCGACGCCGUGCAUGCCUCGCGUGGCCAUGCGCCCGCUCGUUUUGCCCUCUUGCACUUGGCCGAGCUGCUAUUCAAGUCAAGCGACGAGGCGCGAGCGCCGAUGGAGCGCCCGGUCACAACAGCCUCUUCGGCGGAGCCCACCGCGGCCAUGCGGAUCCGUCUCAUGAUCAAGAAUGCGCCACCGCAACAGGAGAAACGUCCUACGACGACCCAGCCGUUGCGUGUUGUGUUGCCCAAGACGGCCAAGCCUAAGAAGCCCAAGGCGCCUGAGCCUGGGCAGGCGCUGGGAAUGUCGUCGUCGGAUCUCAGUGCAUGCCGUACCUGCAUCCAGAAACUUAUGGCGAACAAGCACUGCGAACCGUUUUUGCGUCCUGUUGAUCCUGUGCGUGACGAAGUGCCUGACUACUUUGACGUGAUCAAAGAGCCGAUGGAUCUCAGUGCUGUCUCCAACAAGCUGCAGUCAGGGCAGUACCAGGACCGCUUUGAGUUUAAGAAUGAUGUCGAGCUUAUUUUCCGCAAUGCAAAGACGUACACACCCGAUCCCAAGGCGUGGAUCCACUACGAAGCCAGCCGCAGUGAGUCGGCGUUCCGUCAGCUGUGGAAUCGCAUCACGAAGACCCUCGAGCAGGCUGCAGCGCGGGCUGAAAAAAUGCAGGUCGAGGACGCUGACGACGCAGCGUCGGCGACGUCGGCGGCGGCCUCAGAUACGCCCAAGCGAACGAUCACGCUCAAGCCGCCGGCCUCCGAGGCAUCGGCAGAGGGAUCUGCCGCGCCGAAGAAGAUCAAAAUUCGGCUUAGUCUUGGCAAGGGCGAAAAACGCGCAGCACCAGAGACACCACCCCGGCCCGUGCUCAAGUUGAAGCGGGCUCGCUCUGAGGCACCCGAUACGCCGUCUGCAGGAAACACACCCGCCGCAGAGUCCGUGCCCGCGGAGCUGAAAGCGGAAAAGAUUGCACCUGCGCAGGCCAAGUCGGCGAGCGACGAUCCCGUACUGCCAGGCGAGCAGGAGAUGCCAUUGCACGUGAAGAAAGCGCGCUCCGUCCUCCAAAUGGUCGCCAAGACGAAGGAAGCUGUCAUUUUCUUGCAGCCCAUCGAUCCUGUACGUGACCAAGCGCCGACCUACUACGAUGAGAUCAAGCAUCCAAUGGAUCUAAGUACGAUCGACACGAAACUCAAGAGCGGUGCCUACAAAACGAUGGGCGACUUUGCGGCGGAUAUGCGUCUCAUGUUUGCCAACUGCCGUCAAUUUAAUCCGCCUGGCACGGUGCCUGCGCUCAUGGAGCAGGCCGUCUCACGUGUAUGGCGCCGCGAAUGGAGCCGUGCGAUGGUCCGCAAAUUGGAGUACUCGCACAAACGCUCGCUGCAGAGCAUGAUGGGCCGCUUAAAGCAACUUCCCUCUAGUGGCCUGUUUUUGUACGCGGUGGAUCCUGUGGCAUUAGGUAUCCCGACGUACUUUGACGUGAUCCCGAAGGAAAAUGCCCGUGAUCUGACGCUGAUCAGUGAGAAGCUACGUGCCGAUCAGUACGAUAGCGUGGAUGCAUUGGACGCCGAUAUCCAACUUAUGCUGUCCAAUUGCUACACGUUCAACGCAGAGGACGAGCGCGUUUGCGAAGUCGCUCGUGCCUUUGAAAAAGCAUACCAACAAGAGAUUCACGCCAUGCGUAAGGCGCUGAAUCCGUCAUAG